AUGGUAUUGUUUUACAGAAAGUCGACCACACUUAAUCUAAAAGCUUCGAGAUUGGUACAGCUUCAUCUCCUGGAGACAGGUAUGCUUAGAAAUGAUAUUCUCUGUAGCUUAUCUAGCUUCUUGUCUUGCUGUAGACAAGACUUCUCUAGUAUUACCGAUGUAAAAGUCUGUUUCAGAGAGAGAUUGAGAAGUGGACUAAUCAAUAUCAAGAAAGAUGAUGCUGUUGCUUUGUUUCACUCCAUGAUUAGGUCUAAUCCUCUUCCUACUCUCAUUGAUUUCAGUAGAUUGUUUAGUGGUAUUGCCAAGACAAAACAGUAUGAUCUUGUGUUAGAUCUCUGCAAGCAAAUGGAACUAAACGGUAUUGCACAUAACAACUACACUCUCAACAUUAUGAUCAACUGCUUCUGUAAGAGUUGUAAAACUUGUUUUGCUUACUCUGUUUUGGGGAAAGUCAUGAAGCUUGGGUUUAGCCCUGACACAACCACAUUCAACACUCUCAUCAAUGGACUCUGUCUUGAAGGUAAAGUCUCUGAAGCUGUGGGUUUGGUUAAUAAAAUGGUGGAAAAUGGAUGUCAAGCAGACACAGUUACGUUUGGUUCUAUAGUCAAUGGGAUAUGUAAAUCAGGAGAUACUUCUUUAGCCUUGGAUUUUUUGAGGAAGAUGGAGGAAAGUAAUGUGAAGGCUGAUGUGGUUACGUACAGUACAGUGAUUGAUAGUCUUUGUAGAGAUGGGUGUAUGGAUGAUGCAGUUAAGCUUUUAAAUGAAAUGGAAAGGAAAGGGAUCAAGUCUAGUGUUGUUACAUUUAAUUCUCUAGUAGGUGGGUUUUGUAAAGCUGGUAAAUGGGAUGAAGGUGCGAAGAUUUUGAAGGAUAUGAUUGGUAGGAAGAUUAUUCCGAAUGUUGUCACUUUCAAUGUGUUGAUUGAUGUUUGUGUCAAAGAAGGGAAGCUUGAGAAGGCUAAAGAGUUUUACGAGGAGAUGAUCAUGAGAGGUGUGUCUCCCAAUACUAUUACUUAUAAUUCAUUGGUGGAUGGGUUUUGUAUGCAGAACCGGCUCGGCGAGGCUAACAAGAUGUUGGAUCUUAUGGUUGGGAAUAACUGCAGUCCUGAUCUUGUGACUUUUAAUAGUCUCUUGAAAGGAUAUUGUAAGGGGAAGAAAGUUGAUGAUGCUAUGAAGCUCUUCAGAGAGUUUCCUGAGAAGGGAUUGGUUGCCAAUGAAGUUACUUAUAGUAUUCUUGUCCAGGGGUUUUGUCAAUUCGGGAAAGUUGAGAUUGCUGAGGAGCUUUUUCGAGAAAUGGUUUCGUGUGGUGUUGUUCCUGAUGCUAUGACGUAUGGUAUAUUGCUUGAUGGUUUGUGUGAGAAUGGGAAGCUUGAGAAGGCGUUGGAGAUAUUUAAGGAUUUGGAAGAGAGUAAGAUGGAUCUUGAUGUUAUUAUGUAUACGAUUAUGAUUGAGGGGAUGUGCAAGAGUGGAGAGGUGGAUGAUGCGUGGACGUUGUUCUGUAACCUACCUUUGAAAGGAGUGAAGGCUAAUGUUAAGACGUACACAGUGAUGAUUUGGGGAUUGUGUAAGAAAGGGUUGUUGUCUGAAGCAAACAUGUUGCUUAGAAAAAUGGAGGAAGAUGGGAUUGCGCCAAAUGAUUGUACAUACAACACUCUUGUCAGGGCAUAUCUCCGAGAUGGUGGUGACUUAGCCACAUCAGCUAAGCUUAUAGAAGAAAUGAAGAGUUAUGGAUUCUCAGCAGAUGCUUCCACUGUAAAAAUGGUUAUGGAUAUGUUAUCGGAUGGUAGAUUGGAGAAAGGCUUUUUGGAUAUGCUUUCUUAGUGGUUUGUUGGUGUUUUGUCUAAUUGUGUCUCGGACCGUUGAAAAGGUUCUGUAAACUAAUUGAUCACUAAGACGGGAACAGAACUAAGAGAGCUUCCUUGUGGCCACCUUCUCCACUGCUCAUCCUCAAGAGUAGCAACUUGGAACGUGAAGAAGUCUAGAAGAAACAGUUUUGGUUAUUCGUGACCCAUACAACAUUUGAUCUAAAGAAACUUGGGGGUCCAAAGGUAAAAAAGCGACUAGUGUUUUUUAGAUAUAGAAAUUAAUAUACUUUUGUUUGUUUUUAAUAAUUAAGAAUUUU